UUUUCGUCUGUCUCUCUCUGCAUUUCUCAGCGUAGCUAUCUCAUAUCUUCGAUGAUCAUAUCCAAUUACAUAUCUGGGAAGAUUACUCUACUCAAGCUAAGAUUGAAGGCAAAAUAAUCAAGUAUAGAGUCUGUUGUUGGAAGCCAGGAUUGUAUGGGUGAAAUAAUAGCCUAUUGGGUAAACAAAGGAUUCUAAAGUCUGAUAUCCCCCAGCACAUGUCAAAGUUGGACUUCACCUCAUUUGAGAGUAAUGAAGGCUGUUUGUGUAUAUGGCCGCGAUUUGUUAUUGCUUGACGAUGUUGCAGUAGUGGCACAGGCAUUCCCAACAGCAAAUCUGCAAGUAAUAUGGGAGAUGGAUUCAUAUACAGACUUUGGUCAGAUCACUGUUGCUUUGAAAUUGCUUGAAAGAUCCCCCAACCUAUUCGAACUGGAGAUUAAAGCAGAAAACAUGCCGUCGAGUAGGUGGAUUGACAAAGAUGACAAAGAUGCUGCUUCAAGAAUCAAUCAAGAUUUGAAGAUGCUUAAGACAAUAUUCAAGAUUGGGUCGUUUAGCAGAUCCAUAUUGGAUAUGGAUAUGCAUAUUACAAUAGCAUUUUUCAGAUUUUUGAACCGUGCUGGAGCGAUGUAUUAAGUAUAACAAACUAAACUGCCAUCACCUUCAGAAUCAAUUUGGCUUCUAUUUCAUGCUUUCCACAUUUUACCAGCUCCCAAAAACUAUUUCCAGUUUGAUUUCCAUAGCUCUAGACCACCAGAUUUUCCCACAGUUCGAUUUGAAGUUACUUUGAUCUUAAUCUAUCAAGAAAUGGUGCUCUACAAUGUGGUUUUCUUUUUGGCUUCUUGGUAAAUGCAUGAUGUAUAUUUUACAACAUUACUUCAUUAUUUUUCGAGCAUGUUUAGUUUGAACAUGAUGUUAAUUAAAUUAAAGAAUUUUUUUUGAGUGUUA